CUUCGUGAUGUAUAUUGGCGACUAGAUCAGGGGUCAAUUGGACUGGUCUGUAAUUAUCAAAGUCCCAAAACCCUCGGUAUCCGCCUUGGAUUCCCCAUACCACUCCACCAAUGCCAUACGAAGAAUAAAGUGUAUUCACGAUCUCGCGAACGACAUUAUUCAACCCUGGACACAGUCCUCCACAGGUAACAAUGGCCGCAUUUGUGUUUCUUGGAUCGAAAUGGAGUUCUUURCGUGGUCCUGCUCUAACGUAGGCGCGAGAAUAAGUUUGUUGGUUUGGCUUCCGUACAAUUUCUCCCAAAAUGCAUUCAUGGUUUGUUAUAAGCUUGUUGAAUUCUGUGGGUUUGGUGGAUUCCUUGUGGGCAGCUAGGGUCUUCUUCUCCAAAGAUGGGAAAUAGUAYGGGUUCUCGUUGGGACUAGGAAUGUUUUUCAUCACRUUGUGAACGUUGCAUGGACUGAAUCGUUUCUUGAGGUCCUCGCAUUCCCACAGAUAGACUUUAUCAAUGGUUACAUCGGCAAUUAAUUUACCCUUUGGUUCGCCAGUGAGUUCACGUGCUGCGAUGGUCUUCUCCUUCAGCAUCAGUUCACGAUCAUAGGCUUUCUUCUUCUCCAGAAGAACCUUUUUCUCUGCUUCCUUCGCGGCAACGUAGUAAGAGAAAGCUGCAGUCAACGAACAUGCAAGCCCAAUAGUGACGACAUUGGGAAAAUUGGAUGAGUUUGACAUGGUGUCGAACAAUCGAUAUCGAAAUGUAUUUUUGGAAGUCUUUUYGUGAGAGAGGGAAUUAUUUUGUGAAUCGAUCUCCGCAGCGCUCCACAGAAUAAAAGCUACGCAUUUACAGUAAUGUGCGGACGCGAUAGUACAGAAUUACUGUACUGUAUUUCCUUCCAGAAAGAAUUUUAGGAUGGGUCACACAGUCAUUCCCAAAUUCCAAUUUAAAUUUUUCCCAUCUCCGCCCAAAUUGUGCAUUUUUGGAUUUUUUUUGGAGUUUCCAUGAUUUUCACCUGUGUAGACUGCAUUACAAAUCACAAAUCCUACACAAAAUAAGAUUGAAAUACCAAAAAGAAUUUUACACAAUUACUUUAUAGUCAAACACCUUUUCUGCUCAUUCAUUUCUCUCCUUGUAAUAUCCAAGCAAGAAAAUAUAAAACACUCCAAACUAGAAUAAAACUAUCACCCAAACCAUCAUAUUGGGUGAUUCCUGUUAAUCUAGAUGGUCUACUUUUUGACAGACAGACAGACAGACCAAAAAUAGACUUUCUAGUCCAAAUUUUUAGACUUUCUGUCAAUGCACGAUCCACCCUUGACAGAAAGUCUAAAUCUAGACCGGAAUCCAAGAAUGAAAAUCCGUUGUAGGACUCAACUGAAAAGACCCGCCAAAUUUAAGACAAAAGAAUUUAAUUAAAAAUUAGUAGGCGCCGGCGCCAGUAUUUUGUCAUAAAGCGAACAACAGCAAUAACCAUGUCCCCUGUCUUAGUCACUGCUCUUCUUUAUCUUCGAUUGAAACAAAGAGAGCACCAACUGCUGGAGGCGCUGUCGGCGGGGGAAUUCCCUCACACAAUAUUCAUUCCGCGAGCAAAGAUGUUGGCUCCUAUGCGCACUGGUCCUUAUGAUACUAUCCCUCCAUGCAAUGGGGGACGCUUUCCUCCCGUGGCCGCACCAGUCCCUCCCCCGGGCGGUGUCCCUCCCCCAGGAGGUCAAUCAAAAGUAGAGGGGUCUGGUCGUAAGCCUGGUACUGCAAACUACUCAGAAGCAGAGCUCGUCUCAUUGAUGACUCUCAUCAAGGAGAUCCUUCCCAUUGGUAAGGGAGACUGGCUCAUGGUGGUUCACAGACAUGGACAAGACUGGCCCUAUGGAAGAACAAAGGAUUCCAUUAAAACCAAGUUCAAUCGCUUGAGGAGAAUGAAGGUGCCUACUGGGAACCCCAACAUCCCUGAGUCUGUCGUACGCCUUGCAAGAGAGGCCCACCGGUUGAUUGGAAUCAAGGCAAAUAUUGGAACAGGAGAGGAGACCUUUGAUCCAGUCAAAGGUUACAUCGAUAAUGAGGAUGAUGAGGACUUGGAUGAGGACUUGGGCUUGCAGUACGCUUUGACUCCAGCAAAAGCAAGCAAAUCGAUUAAAACAGCAUCCACUGCCGACUCCACUGCCAUUGCCGAUGACAAACAACAAGGGCCCAUUGUUGUGACAGCAACACCAAGAAAGAGAUCUUAUGGAAGACUGAAGAAGGAAAUUGCUGAACAGGAUGCUGUUCUUCAGGAUUAUCUCUUGCAACAGGAUAAGAGGGAAGCUGAAAGAGACAAGAAGGCUGCUGAGAUGGAAGCUGAAAGAGCAAACCGUGCUGCUGAAAUGGAAGCUGAAAGAGCCAAACGCGCUGCUGAAAUGGAAGCCGCAAGGGUGAAACGGGAGGACGCGAGAGACCAACGUUGGCUUACCAUGGCUGAAACUAUUGCCUCAACAGUUGCAUUGGCGAUCACUGGUAACAAGCGCCAACGCACUGAUGAUACUGAUAGUGAAUAAUCCCAGCAAAUCCCAUGGUGAUAGCAACUAAUGCGAUCUUCUCGUUAGCGAUGAUUAACGAUUACACGCUUACACGCUUACACGGUUACA